AUGUUAAAACAACAGUUGAUAUUACUAUUCUGCGAAGUGAUUAAUGCAUAUUUCACGAAUGAUUUCAAUAUUUGGCUUAAGAAAUUUUACGGAUCUGAUGUACAAGCAACGCUGAAUAGGGCAGACUUAGGUCGAAUGGGUUCAUUUGGUGGCAAAUUAUAUCGAAAUCAAAGAUUAACAAAAGAUCCGGUCAUUUUUGUUCAUGGUGUUUCGAAUACUGCUGGAGAACAGCCUCUUAUUGGUGCAAAAUACUUCAUAGCAUCUGGUUACGAUUUAUCAGAAUUGUAUGCGACAACAUAUGCUAAUGGUGCACAAGGUAAUCCAACACAAUGGACGAAAUAUACGAUGGAUUGUAAAUAUGUUAAACAGAUACGAGGAUUAAUUGUGGCUGUACGUUUAUAUACCGGUCGUGCAGUUGAUAUUAUCGCAUAUUCAUUAGGUGUACCGAUUGCUCGAAAAGCCAUUUUAGGAGGUUUAUGCGUUGACACUAAAGAAAAUUUAGGCAGUCCAUUGACAAGUUCAAUCGAUACAUUUGUUGGUAUUGCUGGACCAAAUCAUGGCGUUAUGUUAAAAAUUGGUGCUGUCAAUAUUCCUGCAUGUGUAUUCACUUUGGUUCCUAUUUGUAAUCAGAAUAACGGUUUAUUCUCUGGUAUAUGUCCAUUGGAAAGUGCUUUUUUACAGGAUAUAAAUUCAAUCAAAGGUUAUGAGGGACGAUAUAUAUUUACUAUUUAUAGUAAAAAUGAUCAAUUUGUCGGAUAUAAUGUUUGUGGCAAAAUAACCUCUCAAAUAGCCGGUCAACAUGGUGAAAAAGUUUAUAUGGAAAAAGAUCAUGAUAAAACAUUCAUCGAUUCACUCCCGAUUCAACUGCAAAUGAUACUUCAUCAUACUGUGAUAUGA